AUGAGUGAGCAGCCAAGAUUAUUUGAAGAUUUAUCUGUCGAACUUUUUCAUCUUAUAUUUGAAUAUUUGACACCUCAUGAUCUAUUCUUGGCUUUCAAUAAUCUUAAUCAACGAUUUACAAGUAUACUUGCUCAACAACCACUUUUCAUACCAAAUAAUCGGCACAUGAAUUUAAAUCUCUAUUUCAAUUAUUUAACUUCAAUUAUACCAAAUCAUAUUUCACAAAUCAUUUAUCUUCAUCUAUCGGAACGACGUGCUCCACAUGCAGUUGACUUAUUUCUUUCGACAGUACCUCUCGAAGCAAGCAAUUGGUCUGCAUUGAAAGCUGUUACUAUCGAAGAUGUUCCAUUUUAUGCACUCGAAGCAUUAUUAGAUGAUAAUUCACUUUUAUCAAAUGUUCAUUUUCUUUCAAUUGAUAUAGGUGUCGAUCGAUAUCAUCAUUCUGAAUACCAUAUCUAUGAUUUCAAUGUUGUUCUUCCAGUACUCGAGUAUUUACCUGAACUACGAUCACUCGGUAUACGGAUGCAUACUCAUAUAAACGAUAAUUAUUCUAUUAAUUUCAAUCGAUACUGUCCGGCUAUGAUUGUUCAUCAAAAUUUGCAUACACUUAUGAUUCAUGAAUGUUCAAAAGAGUUGUUAGUUUUAAUGCUGAACGAUGCUCAUUUGUCUCAAUUGUAUCGUUUGCAUGUUUCUCUUGAAUGUACACACGAAGGUCUAGCGAUUGAACCAUCGUGUCCAACACCAUUAAAAUUAACAUCAGUACCCAAACUACGUCAUAUCAAUAUUAAAAUAAUGGUUGGUCUUGCUUGGGUUUUAGCUUAUUUUGAAGAAAUUCAACGUCAUAGUCAACUCGAACAUUUGAAGAUAUCUGGUCAUACAAGAUUUACUUUGAAUAGUAAUUUUCCACGAGUAUCUGCAUUAAAACAAUGGUUGACUUUGAAUAAAUCAAAAGAAUUUACAUUUCAAAUGAAGUUACUUGUAGAUGCUACACAUGAUGCAACAGAAAUUCGAAAACUUGUAGUUACCGAAUAUAACAAAGCGAUUGGUAUUAAAAAAACAACCUAUUAUCGAAGUAUUAAUCUUAAUUAUUCAGCAUCAAAUAAUACAUAUAAAAACAACAAAGACCCACGAGUUGAACUUUUCGAUGAUGAACUAAUCAAUGAAUAUGUUGUCAAAAUGGAAAUUAUGGAAAUGGAUUAUAUCGAUGAUGAAUUGCUUGAAUAUCUUCAAUUAAUUCCUCGUUGGCAUUGUCUAAGAAAAAUAAUUCUUGAAAGUGAUUAUCCAUAUGUAACUGAAAAACUUGGUGAAAAUAUUCCACUUUUACUUCAUAUUGCUCAACGUGCACCAUAUUUUCGUGAAUUUUAUAUUGAAGCAAAUCUAAAUUUAGGUCGUAUACUGUCAUCAAAUGUUCAACUUGGUAUUUUACUUAUGUCUCAACUUGAAAUAUUUUAUUUUACUGCAAAAGAUUCUAAUUGUUCACUUGGUAAUCUUGUUGAAAUUGUUGACAUUCUUUUUACUCAUUCAUCAGCAUCAUCAAUCGUCUUGAAACAAUUAACAUUAAAUGUUGAUGGACAUCCAAGUUCAUGGCUUACUAUUGAUCAUCUAUUUGUUCAUAUUGGAAAGAUAUUAGAUCGUUUUCCAGCACUUAUUCAUUUUACAUUAUUUUGCCAACAUGAUACAGAAUCUCAAGAUAAUACUUAUAAUUUAUCGAAAUUAGCUCCAGAAUGGUAUGCUCGAUUGUUAUUUUCUCGACCACAUUUGAUUGAUUCAUUAGAAUAUAGAUAUAAGACAUAUUCACUUGAUAUUUGGUUGUAA